AAGUGGGCAACACCGCUCGCUCCCCCCUAGUCGUUGGCCAAGCGCAGCAAACGGAGAUGCAAAUAAUUCGCAAUCAGAUAAAUUAAUACGUCAUCUACCAUUAUAGAGUGAUAUUUUAUCAUACAAGUAGUUCGGCCACAGUUGUAACAAACAAAAACACAGCAGAAUGCCGGCCGCGCGGGGCGUAAAACGCACGGCGUCGAAGACCAACUCUGCCACGUCAGCCGCAGUCCCGAAGAAUAAGAAGAAACGCACAGCGUUCCAGCUUGAAAUACCGAGCGCACCCAAAAAGAGGGGUUCCGUGUUCACAUGUGGCCAGGGCGAUGUAGGCCAACUUGGACUUGGGGAAGAUGUCAUUGAGACCACUAAAUUCAAGUAUGUGUCAGGUCUCGGAGACAGAAUUGUGGAUGUGUGUGCCGGUGGCAUGCAUACUAUUGCUCUGGACUCUGAUGGAAAGGUGUGGACAUUCGGUUGUAAUGACGAGGGGGCGCUGGGGCGGCCUACGUCCGGGGAGACCGAGGAAGGAACUGCGGGCGCUGUGAAGCUGCCGGCCAAGGCUGUCGCCAUCUCGGCCGGGGACUCGCACUCGGCCGCACUGCUGGAGAAUGGACACGUGUACGCUUGGGGGGCCUUCAGGGACUCUCACGGCAGCAUGGGACUAGUAGUCCGCGGCCGCGAAGGAAAGGCGUGUCGAGAGCCUGUCCGUAUCGAUAUCGGUGAGCCUGCUGCCGAUGUGGCUUCUGGCGGAGACCAUCUCGUCAUCCUGUCUACGACAGGCGGGGUCUACACGAUGGGUUGCGGCGAGCAGGGACAGCUCGGGCGCCUCGCGCAACGCUCUGCCUCCAGGGACUCGCGGCAGGGCUUCAGUGCCCUGCUGGCCCCAGCGAAGGUGACCCUGAAGUGGGCCGCGUCCCACAUCUGGGCGGGCUACCACGCCACGGUCGCUCUAGACACCGCCGCAGACAAGAUGUUUGCGUGGGGCCUCAACAACUACGGACAACUCGGUAUAACAGGAGAAAAACGCAAGACAGCCUUAUACGCGCCAACAGAGUGUGAUGCCUUCACUCAGGGUAGCGGGUGGCAAAGGGUCGCUUGCGGGCAGCACCACUCGCUGGCUUUGGAUUCCAAGGGACAGGUCUUUGCUGUUGGACGAUGCGAGUACGGACGGUUAGGACUGGGUGACAGGGAAGGCGAUGCGGAAACUCUGGAGCCGGUACCAAUGCUUGUUGGUAAAAAGUGCGUCAGCAUCGCCGCGGGCACCUGUAACAGUUUCGCCGUCACCGAUACAGGUGAGGUGCUCGGCUGGGGCAUGGGCAGCGAGGGGCAGCUGGGCACGGGCUCGGCUACCGACGCGGCGGCGCCCACGCCUGCCGUCGCCGCCUUUCAGCCGCGCCGGCCCGGAAAGGUCGCCGCCGGCGCGCAACACACCGCGCUACUUGCGCUAGACACAUCUCCGGUCAAAGAAAAGUCCCCGACACCAGAAAUGGAGACGGAAGAGCAGCCCGUAGAAGUGAAAGAGACCAAAGGCAAGGACAAGCCGAAGGGCAGACAGAAGCUGAAGAGAGGCGAGCAGGAGGAUGAGGUGUCUUCCACGUCGAGCGCGCAGCCCGAGGUACCGGAGGAGGCCAAACCGCAGAAGGUAAAUGGCGAUGAGAAGAAAGAAACUCCAAUGGAAGUAGACGAAUCUGACAACUCACAAGACAAGAAAGAAGACACGCAACCGGACACGGAAGCUGUCGAGCCACCAAAAACGGAAAAAACGGAAGCGGAACCCACAGAUAAAGCCCCGGAACCAACACCAGAGAAACCCGAGGAAACCAAACCAGAACUCUCCGACUCCAGCCAAGACCAAGAGACAGACAAACCGACAGACGUUGAAAUGAAAGAGAAAGUAAACGGGGCACCGGAGGAAGACAAAACUGAAGUGGAAGCGAAGAAAGUGCAGGAAGCGAUACCAAACGACACAGUUGUGGCCACCACAGCGUGAUCUUAGACUUUAGUCUGUGUUUGUGACGAGAUAUCUAUUGCAUAGACUGUGAAAAG